AAACACGACAGUCGUGCUGCGGCCGUCAGCCGCGCCACACCGCGCCCCCCCGCGCCCCGCACGCCGCGCGAGUGUUGUUGUGCACCACGAGGACCCACGGACACUCUGCUGUCACUGAGGAGGGGGAUUGGACCACAUUAUACGAUCAUGUCGCCACCACGGACGGGCUGCUGAGCGCGCUGGCCCGCCUGCGCCACCGCCCGCUGUCCCCCCACACCCACUCCCCCAGACACCAAGCGGAUGGGCGAUACCAGAAUCCCAAAAUCCAGUCGACUCGACCCUCCCCCGAAGUUGCCGCAGGCACGGAGAACGGUAUGACGGUGGCCCACGGCGAGGGCUCGCCGGAGCGGCUGGGCGGCGCGCUGCGCAGGCUGCACUACAAGGCGACCCGGCGCGCGCACUCCGCCGCCGCCGUCACCCGCCACCACGCCACCAGCAAUGGCGCUGCUAAGGUGGUCAUGGGCAGUUCGACGGCGUCAGACAAAACGAUCAACACGAGCACGGACUCCGCCGCCACCGCCGUCACCUCCGUCACCGGCACCGACGACUCCAUGGACGCGGAGCCCGAGCCCCCCUCCCCCCCGCACCUGCUGGACCACCCGCGCACCGCGCCGCCCCACUACCACCGCAACCAGGACUCCACAGACAUAGACUCGCCCGCCUACACCAAACCCCAAUCCGCCACCGAUAAAAUGGACUCGCCCAGACCCGGCCCCGGCCGCUUCAUCUUCGAUGUCCCCCUCCCUGAACCCAAACUGAGAAACAAGACACAAGUCAGGACCUCAGAAACCAGUGGCCCCUCCACCUCAAUAUGUAUACCCUACGACCCAAAACUAGACACCCCUAAAAGCCCCAAAGUCAGUCAAAGCAAAUUGGAAACGCAUUUCAAAUUCGAUCCGCCCAAAAGACGAGGCAGCGAGCCGCGGAUGAAGAACAAACAGAAGGCGGAGAAAGAGAAAGAGUACUACAAAGACGAAGUAGCCAAACUAAGACGUCAGUUGGAAGGAACGGAGGUGUUCGCGACGAGCAGACGUCGGUCUUCUGCCCACCAGCACUCGGUGCCUCCGGUGUCGUCGCGGCGACAGUCGACGGCGGCCCAGGUGCACGUGACGGCCAACCCGCUCGACUCGGCGACCACCGCGCCGGCCGGCCGGACCACCAUCGUGGUGCAGCAGCCGUCGCUGUCGCUGGACUACGGCGGCUGCGCCACGCUGCUGCUGCGCGACGACGACGGCCGCCGCCGGUCGCGCGCCGCCAGCGACCUGCAGCAUCUGCUCGACGUCACCAGCCAGUUCACCUCGGAGGACCUGCAUGACUUCGAUAAAAGGUACGGCAGCCCGCACCACAUGCGGUCUCAGUCCGUCAAGGCGGCGCGCUCGCGCACGGGAGAGAGACAGCUGCUGGGGCUGCCGCAGCAAAGGGCGCGGGUCGCCUCCAUGCCCAACACCGGCGUCGAAGAGGAGUACUACCGGCUCCGGCAUUUUAGUAUUACUGGUAAAGGCGUGGUGAACCGCGGCGACUCGCUGCGGUCGCGGCGCUCGCGCUCCAACACGUCGGUGGCGUCGAGCGCGUCCAGCACCGAGGCCGUCACUAGAGCCUCCGCGCCCUGCUCGCUCGCCUCGUCCAGAGACUCGUCAGCGGGUCUGAGCUCGUACCGCGUGCUGGUGCUGGGCGCGCCCGGCGUGGGCAAGUCCAGCCUCGUGGGGCAGUUCAUGACCUCCGAGUACCUGCACGCCUACGACACUAGCAUAGACGACGAGUCGGGCGAGCGCUCGGUGUGCGUGCUGCUGGCGGGCGAGGAGUCCGAGAUCACCUUCCUGGACUCCCCGCCGGACCACGUCGUGGAGGACGGCUGUGCGCACGGCUACUGCGUAGUCUACUCCACAGCGGACCGAGCCAGCUUCCUGCAGGCGGAGCGGCGGCUGCAGGCGCUGUGGGGGGCGGGGCACACGGCGCGCCGGGCGGUCAUCCUGGUCGGGAAUAAGGCAGACCUGGCCCGGUCCAGGGUCGUGCCUACUGAUGAGGGCAAAGCCCUGGCGACGUCCUACGAGUGCAAGUUCAUAGAGACAUCUGUCGGCAUCAACCACAACGUGGAUGAGCUGUUAGUGGGACUCCUCACGCAGAUCCGCCUCAAGCAGCAGCACGCCGAGCGAGCCAGGAAGCGCAGCACGUCCCGCAAGAACCGCAGCCGCAACCGCUCCCCGCUGGAGGACCGCGAGCCGCCGGAGCCCGCGCCGCCCGCCUCCGCCGCCAGCACGCCACGGAAAAGGACUCGACUCUCCGCCAGUGUGAAGGUGCGAGGCCUCCUCGGGCGCGUGUGGGCGCGCGACUCCAAGUCCAAGUCGUGCGAGAACCUGCACGUGCUCUAGCACUCCGCCGCCGACCCCGGCGCCUGCUUCCCCUUCUUCGACUGCGCCGGAGCCUACGCCUGAAGCCUCCAAACCACCCGCUUACAGCUGAGAACAGCCCCGGCUAGUGACCU